CGAACUAAAACGAAAACACUAAAAGCACAGAUUAGUAUACUUUUCAAAGUCAGCAGUCAAGCAGUUCCACUGUACAUGUAUAAUCAAAAUUUCUGGUCAGCCGCAAGACAUUCCCAUGUUCAAAACAAAGUGAUCAGUCUAACAUCUUUCCCAUAACCAUGGAGAAUUUACCCUUAGAACUCAACACAAACAUUCUAACAAGACUCCCAGUUAAAACACUAGGCCAACUCAAAUGUGUUUCUAAACCCUUCAAAACCCUCAUCACCACUCACCAUUUCAGCAAAACCCACCUCACCAAAACUCCCUUUAAACCCCAGCUUCUACUCUCCACUUCAACUCUCCACACUCUCAAUAUCUUCCAUCAAAAUCACCAAUCUCCACCUCAGCCACUCCCUCUUCAAAUACCCUCAUACCCCUUUAAUCUUUGCGGUGAAGCAAUUCAGUUAGUUGGUUCUUGUAAUGGCUUAGUGUGCUUGUAUUGCCCUCCCAAUACUUACUGUCUUUUAAAUCCUACUACCCGAGAAUUUCGGGUUUUGCCUGAUCCUGGAAGGUUUCCGGGGGAUGCCCGGAUUAGGCUUUCGGGGUUUGGUUAUGUUGAAAAGUGUGAUGAUUAUAUGGUGGUUAGUAUUGGGACUGAUAAUACUGGAGUUGGGAAUUCUGUGAUCAGGGUUUAUCCAGGUAGAGGUGAUUCUUGGAAGACGGUUGUGGCCCGGGUUCCUUUUCGGGUUUUUCCUUGGGUGAAGCCGGUUUAUGUGAAUGGUGUGGUGCAUUGGUUAGGAUUUGGUGGGAAGUUUCCACCAAGUAAUAAGAUCAUGGGGUUUGAUUUUGCUAAAGAGGAAUUUAGGGUAUUGCCGUUGUCGGGGGAUAUGAAUGAGAGGGGGGUUAAGGCUUUGGGAGUGUUGGGUGGGUGUGUUUGUGUUUUGUUGCGAGAUCGUGCUUUGGUUUUGGAGAUGUGGAUGAUGAUGGAGUAUGGGGAUAGGGAGUCUUGGAUUAGAACACUGUCGAUUGGAGGAUCUUAUAGUACAGAUCCCAUAACGUAUAUUUUCCCGAUUUGUUAUGUUGAAGAAAAAGUUUUGUUGCUUGUUGAUAAUGAGACUCUUGUCUUGUAUGAUCCAGUAGUUCGAGUAACUGAAUGUCUUGCUGUUAAACCGCGGGGAAGGGAAAAUACAAUGGAUGUGAUUGUGUACGAGGAAAGUAUUGUUUCACCUUAUGGUUACAUUUGCCAGGAUCAUCUAGAUAGACGAAAUGUUGCAGUAAAACAAAAGGAGAGGUCAGACGAGAUUGUCAUGAUCUAUCUUUAAAAGUGGAUCACCAUAGUAUUAAACUUUCUUGUGGCUAUGAUUUGGUCAUGAUUAAUGAUAUAAAGAAUGCAGUAAAUGAUGAGCAUUCGAAGGUUCUGUUCGUAGUAGGGAAAGUGAUAUUAGUUCCAACUUGUUAUGUUCACCAGGCAUGUAAGCUGCACGGUUUCAGAAAUAUUUGGAGGCUUCGACAGUCAUUUGAUAGAUAUUGUGCUGGAGAUUACAACUGAACAGCAACAAAGUUGGUCAUUGUAUGUAAAUUAAGAUACAGAUGCGAGUAAAUCUGGUUUUGUCGCACAGCUGACAUUUUUGUCCAUUUGAUGUAGGAAGGUUGUUUAAUAGAUUAUCUGUUAUGAUUAUUUAAUAGAUUAGCUAUUUAUAUUAGAUUUUUUCUUCUA